AUGCGUCUGCCCUACGCCCCUUCCACCCCGCCUGUCGCCGACAUCUAUGCUCGCAUCGCGGAGCGCAGAAAUCCCCGUCCUCUGAUCCCGCUUGACCUCUCCCUCCUUCACAGCCCACCUGUCGCCGAUGGCUGGAACAGCUUCAUCGGGGCUAUUCGGUCGCGAACUCUAGUGGACUCUGGUGUUAUGGAGUUGGCAGUCUGCCGGGUCGCUGUACUCAACAACGCUGUUUACGAAUGGAAUGCUCACGCCCCAUUGGCUCUCAAAGGUGGUAUCAAGCCCGAUCAAUUGCAGGCCGCUCUUACACUGCCCUGCACCGCCGAGGGAGAUAUUGCUGGGCUUGAGAGUAGCGCACUCACCCCGCAACAGCGCGCCGUUCUACGCUAUACCGACCAGAUGACUCGCACCAUUAGAGUUGAGGAUACUGUCUUUGCUGAAUUGAAGACAGUCGGGUACGAUGACCGCGAGAUCGUGGAGCUCACUACUGGCAUUGCCGGUUAUAACUGCGUGAGCCGGUUCUUGGUUGCGCUGGACGUCGGUGAGAACAAUGCUCGCGAGAUGAAAAGUGUGGAUGAGGUGGUCGCCACUCUGCAAUAG